UUUUACCUGUAUCUGUAUAUAUCCAGUAUUUUCUUCCUGAUCUAUGUAUAUGUCUAUCUCCUACAUUCCCCUAAUGCUAGUACCACCUCAUUCAGAACACGUAAGAGAAGAGUGGCCUUUGAUGAAACCAAUAACCACCAUACUGGGAGCUUCUAUCUCAGACUGGGAGCUUUGGCAUUUGGUGUUGGCAGCAUGAUCCACAGUGGGUUGAAUUUUGGACAUUAUUUUGAAAUCCAUCACCAAGGUGAUCCAUGCAGUGAACUUGUUCAAGCCGUCAAGCCUUUAAUCCAUCUCAUCUUUACCUUUGCCCAGCUCUAUUUUGUGUUUCAAAAUUCUAAGGUACACUUACCAUAUAUUUGUAUGUGUAUCCACCGCUACAGAUCUCUGGCAAGGUUUGGUUUGAUGCAUAUGAGUGGUACCAACAUUUGUGUGUGGGUUCGAGGGAUUGUCGUGGAAACUUUGCAGGUCAUUCGGAAGUCAGAGAGACAGAAGACUGCUAAAUAUUUGCAAGAAAAUCCUUUGUUGGAUGCCAAUAACAACUCCAUUGCUAAUUCUAAUUUAGCUAAAGAUCGUUAUGAUUUGCUACCAGAGCUAGCCUGUCAUUGGGAUGCCAUGAUGGGAAGAAUAGUGGACCGAGCUUCUGAUUAUCUUUAUCCUUGUACCAUAGAAUACAGCUUAAUCUGUGCUGCUAUCCUGUAUAUUAUGUGGAGGAAUGUGGGAUAUGGAAAAAGUCCACGAAGAGAGAAAUCUGUCUCUGAUGAUGAAUAUGAUGGAGACAGCAUGAGGACCACUCGAAUGAGUGUGGACUGUACAGGAUCCAGUCGAGGGUUGUUCCUCGGAAUACUCAUGUUUGUAGUAGGAGUUGUUUCCCUUGUUGCGUUUUACGUCCUGGUCAAUCAGGACCAUUUGCAAACAGAAGCGACUUUACUUGGACACAUUUCUGAAUCUUUCAUGUACCUUGUUUCCAUGGUUGCGGUCAUCUUUGCAGCCAGUCGGAUGAAAGAUCUGCAUUAUUCUCGGAAAAGAGGAGGCUUGGAGCAGACUCUCAUCAUCUUCGCCUUAUUUGGUCUCUUUAUUUUUGGUAUGUUUAGCAUUGUUGCUGCCAUGUUUUUUAUUUAUACACUAGAUGGCGUACUGACCAUCAUCACCAAUUUUUUGAUGAUCAUCCAGGCUGCAAUGCAGGCUGUUUUCAUGAUGGCCGCCUUGAAAAUGUCUGCUUCGAAUGUCUUACAUGUGCGUAGGAAAGAUGGGAGGGAAUAUGUCACCUUCCUACUGAUGACUAACUUUGCAUUGUGGGCCAUCAAUACAUUUGAGACUCAACGUUCCGAGCACAAUCCUCUUCAGCUUCAAUUUUAUGGUCCUAAAGCUUGGUCUAUAUUUAGCCAUAUCAGUGUUCCACUUGGAAUUUUUUAUCGCUUUCAUUCGACAGUCUGCUUAUCAAUUAUUUGGAAAAAUGCUUGGAAGCACAAA